UUUAGAGAAGCCGUGUCGAUCGUCCAGUUGAUUCUUCCGGUCUCCGGCGAGAUGGCAGAUGCUACUAAGUCUCCGGAGAGUCUCUUCAACGACAUCAAAUCUCAGUUGUCUCAGUCCAUUGGGAAGCAGUACGAUGAGAAACUUCUCAAGAUUUUCAGCAUUGAAACAAGACAUUUUCCUCUUCUAAGGGAAAUUCUCUACGCUCGUAUUGAACAAACCAGAAACCUCCCGCAAGAAUCGUGGAACUUCUUCUACAAAGUGAUAAAAUUUGUCCACGGCAAAAAGCUAAAUCUUCUGUUAGCUGCUCAACCAGUCUCUGACAUCACCAUCGUAGUGUACCAUGAGCAAGUUAAGUAUGUGUAUUUAACAAUAGCCGAGGGUGGAGAUAUGCUUGUGGUGGGAGAUCGAUGGGUAGCAGUCCCUGGACCUCUGAAAAACCAAUUGACGACGCAUUACCCUUUUCUACUACCUGACCAGUACGUGUACCCGGACAUAACUGAGGAAGAGGAGGAAGAGAAGAUAAGAGACAAGGCCAGAUAAAUCGCUUGGAGGGUGAUUUGGCAGCCAAACAAAACAUCUUAAGAAUUGAGUAAUCUGUAGAAGUGAACAGCGCUUAGGGUUAGUUAUUAUGUAUUUUGGUGAUUGUUCAUUGAUUUAACAAAGAUAAUUGUAUGUCUGGAUUUGAGUAUUGUUUGCUAGAUUUGUAAAACCUUGUUCUGAGUAACUAUCUUGUAUUCUCAAGUAAGAAGAGAGAAGCUAUAACUUCUUCAA